AUGGAACAAGUGAAGCAAGGUCAUCCGUCAAUGAUGCCAAAGGAAACUCCACCCUCCUCUUCUCUCAAUUUCUCCGGGCUUAGGGUGAUUCCGCUUUUUGCGGGUGGGCUUGAAUUCUCGGGUCCCAUCGAGAAGUAUCUGAUUGACCCGAUCACAAAGAAGUUGUUUGUGAACUCGGUGGUGUCGCUGAAUGGGUUUGCAUUGGUGGGAGGACCCUCAAAGCAAGAUCAUCCAAGGGCAAUCGAGGUACUGAUGAAGCUCGAUGUGCCAUACACUGUGGCUUUGCCUCUUGUGUUCCAGACAACAGAGGAAUGGCUUAACAACACUUUGGUUCUUCACCCGAUUCAGGUGGCUUUGCGGGCUGCUCUUCCUAAACUUGAUGGAGGAAUGGAGCUGAUUUUUUUCUCAAGAAGAGACCCAAGAACCGGUAAAUCCCAUGCCCUUUACAAGUGGGUUGAGCAGCUCUGCACCAGAGCAGUCAGAUGGGCACGAAUGAAGAAGUAA